UGUUCAAUAUUUAAAUUUGAGAUGAUAAGAUAAAUUUAUAUAUUUACAUCACAUCUGCAAAUUUUUUGCACGAUGUAGUAGUGGCAGUGAACUAAAGAAUGUAUCCCUAUCAUAUUCUAAUUAUUUUUAGCCUUUUUCUGUUUCUCCAUGGAUUUUUUCCUAUAACGAGAUCGACUAACAAUAUUAGCUAUGGACCACCCACUUAUAUUAAUAAUAUUAGUUUGAAUCCUCAAGUAUAUACAUCAGAUAUUCAAAAAACCGUUUUAAUUAUAAUUGACGCUUUACGAUUGGAUUUUGUCAAUACAAAUUAUAUGCCUUUAACAACCCAUAUUACUAAAGAGAAUGGAUGCUUCAAUACUAUAACAGUUGAAACCCCAACAGUAACUUUACCUCGUAUUAAAGCUUUAACUGCUGGAAAUGUUCCCCAAUUUAUAGAUUUGGUGUUAAAUUUAGCUAGUACUGAAAUUCUUCAAGAUAGUUUAAUUCAUUCAUUGUUCAAGAUGGGAAAAAGAAUUGUUUUUUAUGGUGAUAAUACUUGGUUGAAAUUAUUUCCACAUUUUUUUACUAGAUAUGAAGGUACAAGCUCAUUUUUUGUAAGAGAUUUUAAAGAAGUUGAUGACAAUGUUACAAGAAAUGUAGAUACUGAACUGAAAAGAAAUGACUGGGACAUGAUGAUUCUUCAUUAUUUGGGUUUGGACCACAUUGGACAUGUUUAUGGCCCGUUUUCUUCUCAUAUUCCAGAUAAACUAAAAGAAAUGGAUGAAAUAAUCUAUAAUAUUUAUAAAAGUAUAUCUAAGCAAAAUGAGAAGACACUGUUAAUUGUUACAGGGGACCAUGGGAUGAGAGACAGUGGAGGUCAUGGAGGAUCAUCGUAUUUUGAAACACAUGUUCCCUUACAUGCUAUUGGACUUCAGUGCACUAAUGGAUCCUUUUUUCAAACUGAUAUUCCUGUUAACUUAGCAGUAUUAUUAGGUUUAAAUAUACCUUCCACGUCUAUAGGCCAAAUAAGAUCAAAUUUACUUCCCGUUUCAUUAGAAAAGUACCUGUAUAUUUUAAGAUACAACAAUUUAUUGCUAAUAAAUAAAGCAAAAUUAUGUGAAGAUAGUUUUUUGUUGGCUACUAAAUUUCAUGAACUGUAUAUAAAAGGCUUGGAAGAAACACACGCUUUAAAAGCUAUUGACCUUUAUAAAAAUUGUUCAAAUUCUAUUAGUAAGUACUUGAUAAAGUCCUCAGUAAAGCAAAAUUUCAAUUCUCUAAUAAUUUCUAUAUUGAUUAUGUUUAAUUCCCUUGCAAUUUUAAUCAAAUAUUUACUUACACAAAAAUAUGAAAAGGUAUUAUUUAAUAGUGUAGAAUAUGUGACUUAUUUAGUCAUUAUUUUUAUACAGUUCAUUUCAUCCGAGUCUAUCCAUUCCGUAAUAUUUAUGAUAAUAUUAACACUUCUUUUAAUGAAAAAUUUAGUAUCAUUUACUAAGAUUAAAAGUAAAUAUCAAACUUAUGAAGAUGUCUUAAAACUGUUAAUUUUGAUCAGCAUCUUUCAUCCCCUUACAUUUUUUUCUUCGAGUUUUGUAGAAGAGGAACAUCAGUACUGGUACUUCUUUUUUAACGUACUUGUAAUGUAUAUAGUUUUAUCAAAAAUUAGGCAACUGAAGAAUUUAUUUAUCUACUUAGGUUUAUUGAGUAGUUUAAGAUUUUUACGCACUAUUAAUUCUACAGGUGAUAAAUGGGGUAGUUAUCCAGAUCUAUCCGACUGGCUGUUAAAAACUCAUAACUAUAGUUACUAUCAACUUUUUUUUAUAUUUGGAUUAAUUGCAACCUUUUUUACAUGCGUAUUGUUGAAUACAAAGAAGGUUAAAAUGCACAUAUUAAAUUUGAUUAUUCUGGUAUGUAUAUUUGCACUGAAGAGUACAGAUUAUGAAAAUGUAUUAUUAGGAAAAUUUAUUUGGUUUUUAAUAUUAAUUCAAACAAUAUUUUUCUGUGAUUGUCCAAAGAUAUUUAUCUGGAUUAUUAUUUCAUCAUUGUUAUUAAAACCUUAUAAUGUAGUUUUAAUUUCAUUCUGUAUACUAACUUCUAUGGCUCUUUUAAAAAUUUUUCAGAACAGCACAAUAAUUACAAUUUGUCACUUUUGGCUAAGUAACACAUUAUAUUUUGCUCAAGGCCACAGCAACAGUUUAGCAAGUGUAGAUGUAUCCGUAGGAUAUAUUGGUUUAAACGAAUAUCAACCUAUAUUAGUUAUUUUUCAAGUUUUAUGCCAUACAUACUCUUUUCCAGUUCUAUGCCACUUUCUAAUAUUGCAAAAUAAGAGUAUCGACAGUAAUAGAGUGUGGACAAUUUUGUUCUGUAACCGUUUGUACAUUACGGUUAUAACUUGUAUAAUCACUGUUAUCUUUAGACAUCAUUUAUUUAUAUGGUCAGUUUUUGCACCAAAAUUAUUUAUCGAGUCUGUACAUUUAAUGUUUCUCUUUAUAGAAUUGAGCAUCUAUUUUUGUUAUAAAUAUCUUCAAUCAUUUUUAAAAAUGUUUAUACAAAUAAAAUUAUGAAAA